UGGAAUAUAUAAAACAACGUAUCAAACAUUUGGCUUAUGCCAAUAUGAAUAUAUCAUCAGAAGAGGAUAAAAAACACUGGGGUAUGGAUAAGCUGACCGGUGGUGGAAGUCGAUUAAGAGGAUGUUUUGGUGAUCGAAGAAUGAUAUUGUUUAUUGUUUUUAUUGCAUUAUUUUUAGAUAAUAUGCUGUUAACAGUAGUGAUUCCAAUUAUACCCGACUUCUUAUUAUCUCAUCAAACAAUCAAUCUUUCAACGUCGAUUGAUCAAACUUUAUUAGGCGAUAAACAUUGUACAAAAUUAUUAAAUAUCACAGAUAAAAUGAAUCUACACAAAUCUAUCAUUUGGGCUUCAAGAGGACAUGCUGUACAACAUUCUGUACCAACUGAAUUGACAGAUCAGUUGAAAAUCAUGCUAGAUGAUAAACGAAUUCAAUAUUUACUAGCAAAUAGUAGAUUUAAUGAAUGUAUGAUAAAUGCCACAGUAGAAAUUGAAAAAAUAACCACUGAAGAAUUAGGAAAUGAACAUAUUCAAGUUGGUAUAAUGUUUGCAUCGAAAGCAAUUGUUCAAAUGAUUGUUAAUCCUUUUAUAGGUCCAUUAACAAACAGAAUCGGUUACAGUGUUCCAAUGUUCACUGGAUUUGUUAUUAUGUUUACCUCUACUAUUGUAUUUGCAUUUGGUGAAAGUUAUACAGUUUUAUUUUUUGCCAGAGCGCUACAAGGUGUUGGAUCUGCUUGUUCCAGUGUAUCAGGAAUGGGAAUGUUAGCCACUUGUUACACUGACGAUAAGGAAAGAAGUCAUGCAUUUUCUGCUGCACUCAGUGGAUUGGCUAUUGGUGUAUUAGUGGGACCACCAUUUGGAGGUAUUGCUUAUCAAUUUAUUAGCAAAGAAGCACCAUUUUUGAUUUUGGCAGCAUUAGCUUUAGCUGAUGGCACUUUACAGCUAAUUGCAUUGAAACCAGCAGUACGUAAAGAAGAUCAAAAAGGUGCUGCAUUAUUGACACUUUUAAAAGAUCCAUAUAUACUGAUUGCUGCAGGUUCAAUCACUUUCGGUAAUAUGGGUAUUGCUUUGCUUGAAUCAUCUUUACCAUUAUGGAUGUGGAAAACAAUGAAAUCGGAAGGAUGGCAACAGGGCAUUGCAUUUUUACCAUGUAGUAUUGCAUAUUUCAUUGGAACAAAUAUAUUUGGACCGAUUGCUCAUAAAAUUGGUAGAGGAAUAAGUGCCGGUCUUGGUAUGAUUAUAUGUGGAAUAUGUUUGCUGACUAUUCCAUUUUGUAAAAGAGUUGAACAUUUAAUUGCUCCCAUGGGUGGACUUGGAUUCGCUAUAGGCAUGGUUGAUUCUUCUAUGAUGCCAAUCAUGGGUUAUCUAGUCGAUUUAAGACAUGCAUCAGUCUACGGCAGUGUAUAUGCUAUUGCAGAUGUUGCAUUUUGUUUAGGAUUUGCAAUCGGACCGAUCAUCAGUGGUGCAAUGGUCAAAAGUAUUGGAUUUAAAUGGAUGCUUUGGUUUGUUGCUAUUGUUUCUUUAGUUUACGCUCCAUUGACGUUAUAUUUGAGGAAUCCACCAAAACGAGAUGAAGCUCAAUCACUUGUUACAAUGAAAAAUGGAAAUCAACGGAACGAAAUCAAUUCUCCAGAAAAUGACCAUCGAUUUACAACAACUCAAAUUCCAACCAUAUGUUUAGGCUCUACAAUUGAUUAUGAUCCUACACAUGGUGGACUACAAGAAUAUCGAUAUGAAUAG